AACUGAGACUGAGACCUCCGCUACUGGUUCCGAGACUGGAACAACAACUGCCACAGGCUCUGAGACUGAGACUUCUGGUACAGCCCAUGCUACGGGCACAACCGAUACCGAGACUUCAGCCACUGGAUCCCAGACCGAGACUACAACUGCUCCUGGCGCUACCACUGAGACCUCAGCUACCGAGACCCUCACAGCCAACACAGACACUACAACAGCCGCUGCCACAACUACAACCUCGGCCGGCUGCACCGCCUAUACCCCCGUCGCCAACCCCCCAGCUGCCGACUGUGCUGUCCGAGGCGCCCCCAACGGUUUCGCUGCCUUCAUGGCCCAGCUCAUUGGCAUCCCUAACUCCAACACUGAAGAGUGUGCUCGCCAGUGCGGUAUGUACCGCAGUUCCACCGUUGUCGACGAUAAGUGUCUCUCGUUCGGUCUGGACGCGAGCAACACUUGCUACCUAUAUAAGGUCGGCCUUAGCAGCCUGAGUGUUGACGCUGCUGGAACUCCUGUCUUGGAGUUCCAUGACUUUGAGGCUUGCUAUUCUUGUGAUGAGGGUGGUGCUACUACUACUACUGAGGCUGGUUCUGAUACUACUACCACUGCCGCUGGUGUUGACACUACCACUACCGAGACUGGCUCGGAAACUGGUACCACUACUACUGAAGCUGGAGCUGGAUCUACAACCACCACUGAGGCUGGUUCUGAUACUACCACUACUGGCGCUGGUGUUGAUACCACUACCACUGAGGCUGGAACUACCACAACCACAGCCGCUGGUGUCGAUACCACUGCUACCACCACCACCGAAGCUGGCGUCGAGUCUUCCACCACUGAAGCUGCUUCCACCACCACUGACUCCGUCUGCACCGGCUAUACUCCCGUCCCCAACCCCCCCGUUGCAAACUGCGCCGUCAAGGGCAAGUCCUACGAGACCUAUAUCUCCACCGACACUGGUAGCAGCGCCGAUGUGUGUGCUAGCAAGUGUAGCGAGGUCUCUGGCUGCAAGUCCUUCGCUUACAAGGCUUCUUCAUCUACUUGCACUUUCUACACUCAAACUGUGAGUGAGCUUCAGAUUAACAGCUGUGCUUCUGCAGAGGAGUCUGAGUUCUACGAGUUUGAGAUCUGCUAUGCUGGUUGUGGUCAGGCUACUACUACCACUGAGGCUGCUGGAUCUACCACGACAACUGAGGCUGGUGUUGAGACUACUGCUACAACUACUACUGAGGCCGGUGAGGGUUCUACCACCACCACCGAGGCUGCCGUCGCUUCUACAACUACCACUGAGGCUGGUGAGGCUUCAACCACUACCACCGAGGCUGCCUCUACCACUGAGGCUCCUACAACCACCACAACCGAAGCUCAGUCCACUACCGAGGCUCCCACCACAACCACAGCAGCCCCCGUCUGCACCAACUACGUUCCCCUCCCCAACGCCCCCUCAACCUGCGGCAAGCAAGGCAAGGUUUCCUGCCGCUCCACCCAGAAGCUCGGCCAGGCCACGUCCGUCACCGACGUCAACGCCUGCGGCAAGCUCUGCGGCACAGCCCUCACCUGCAAGACCUUCUCCUACACCCCCAAGUUCCGUAGCGCCGGCGGUUACUGCCAGCUCUACUCUGCACCUUUGUCACAGCUCAGCUUCACCCCUUGUAACACGGGUGUCAAGUUCUACGAUCUCGAUACAUGCUACACCUGCUCCAACACUCCUACGCCUACACCUCCUGCUACGUGCUCCAAGUACGUCCCUGCGUUUGAGAAAUGCGCCAAGGACACGCACUGCGGAACAAGCGGUGAGAUCUGUCAGGAGGAGAAGAUCAAUGUCGCGGGCGAUGCGUCGUGCCUUGAGAACUGUGCCAAGAGCUGUAUUGACUAUGGAAAGGACUGCAAGUACUUCAGCUACCAGCCUGCGUUCUACAACAGCGCUGCCAAGUGUAAGCUGUACAAGAGUGGAAAGAUCACCAAGAAGAGCACUUCUUGGGUCAAGUUCUACGAGCAGGAUUGCUUCAAGUGCCAGCAGUCCAAGUAAGCAACACAUCUGGGGCAUGAUGAAAUGGGCAUUGGAGGGAGGAGUCAGAGAAAAACAUUCUUUUCAUAUUCUACGACUUUGAACGUUAG